UUGUAUUUUUCCGCUGGACGGUGCAUAAUGAACUGGUACCGCUUUCAGGGCUUGGCUCUGAAGGGGAUACUCUAUUUUGCGACGUUUUAUCUUUCCUUGCCAUUUUUUGGCAAUGUCGCCUUGUCACUGCUGCACAGCUACAUCUCCUCGUCGGUGUCCUUUAACUUGGACACUAUUUAUCUCAAUUGGAACUCUACCUUUCCGGCCAUAACCGUAUGUGAGAUAUACAACGCCGAAAGGAUUUGGGAACUGAGUGACGCCCACUUUGGCAGCGAGCACGAAAUGCACAUCGAUGACUUCAUCAGCGAGAUAGUGUUCUACCGGGGCGUCUGCAGCAGCUGCGAGAACUGCGCCAAGCUCCGCUGUCCCGGAAACUAUACCCUGCUCCUGGAAGUGUUCCGCACCAAGUGCCAUCAAUUGAUAUUAAACUGUAGCUACCUCAAUGAACUGUUCGACUGCUGCGAUGAGUUCCUGCCCGUGCCCACAGAGUACGGACUGUGCUACUCCUUCAAUUCCCACCAGGCUCGAAAGGUGGCCCAUGUCCAGUACACGAACAAUCGCAUGACGGGUCCUGGACAUCUCACAUUCAAUGCUGCCGCCGAUGUCCAGCUGUAUGUGCAUGCGCCCAUCGAUGUGCCGUUUCAGUUAUCCGAGGGAAUGAUUCGUGAGACGGUGCUGCUGGGCCACUUCAAGGAGCUCGUCUUGAACGUCAUCGAGGUGCACAACGACGAGAGUGUUCAGGACCUGAGCUCAGAGCAGCGAAGAUGUCGCUAUGGCCACGAGCACGUCGACGACCGCCAGGGCAUUUACGAGUUCUACAGCUACUCCGGCUGCGUGGUGGAGUGCACCGUGCUCCUGCAGCUGGUCAACUGCAACUGCACCAAUCAUUUUAUGGCUGUGCCCGGCCAGAAUUCCCUGCCCGUCUGCGACUAUCGUGGCCUGAUCUGCUUGACCAAAGUCAGGCAGAAACUGAUGACGGAGCGCAAGUCUUGCGAGUGCAUGAGUGCAUGCGAGGAGCCCGAGUACAACAUUAUCUACAACUCCGCGGACAACGACGAUGAGGAUGCGGAGGACAUCUCCAAAGUGCGUGUGGCCCUAGUGGAGCUUCCCACUCAGCGUUAUGUUCGCCGGGUGGCGAAAACCAUUUUGGAUUUCUUGAUCUCUUUAGGCGGUCUGGUGGGUCUGUUCUUCAACACCUCCGCCCUGCGCUUGGUGGAGACUGUGUUUCUAAUUGUGCGGUACAGGAAAACGAUUGUGCAGUGGGUUAAAAGAAUUUGGUUUGGCACAAUUAAGUAUUUACAGAUUCUGGACCAGUCAAAAUAAAUCACAAUAAC